AUGCCAGGAACAAAAAAGAAGAUAUUUCGUUAUAGAAUCCCGUGGAUAUCAUGUUCUUCUUCCACGGGAUCUUCUUUUCAUCGAAAACAAAGAUCAAAAUCUUCACCAACACAGCCUCUUCCUACACCAAUUUCUGAACCUCAAACAACUCUAGAGAGAAAAGUGAUGUUUACAGUUUCAACAUCGAGCCCUAGUGAAAAUAACAUCAAAAUACCAGCAGUACCAGUUAGCGCAAACGUAUCAAACUCCCCCAUCCAAAAUAGUACUAUGAGUAUGAAGGAUGAUGAUGUAACAAAUCUUGUUAAUAGAGUUGGUACUGUGAAUCCAACAACACUGCUUCCGACAGAUGAUAAAACAGUUAGUAUUGUAACUCUAGCAGGUGACAACAGAGGCGCAACAAUGCAUGUUGCAGGUUCGCAAUCCCAAUCUACAAGAAAAAAAGGUUCAAUCAAUAGCAUACGCGGAACCAACGAGAAACAAGAUAAAGAUGAAGCGGAGAAGGCAUAUGUUAACAGUAACAUACAGAGUAUGAAUAAUUCAUUCAUGAUUCAAGGUUCAGUAUCCGGACGAGACCCUGGUGUUCGUGUCAUUCUUCCCCAACAGCCUCAGCCACAGCCACAGCCUCAGCCUCAGCCUCAGCCUCAGAUCAGCCGGGUAGAGAAGUUACCUUACCAACCAAUGGUUAGAAGACGAUGCCUGAGAGGACUUAUGGUGGAACCGAGUGAUUCUGAUCCUGAGAAUCCUGAUAAACCCCGUCGUCAUGGAUGCAAAUUUAGCUGCGGAGAUGUUAGAAAAGAUAAAGAUAAAGUGAUUCUGUAA